AUGGAAGGCAAAAAGUUCGUGACGCCGGCAAACAGGUCGAGCAGGCUGCCUUCGGCGUCGGCGCGCUCUUCAGCGAUGAAGAGAGACUCGUUAACUGCUGAACUGGAACGAGGCGAGUGGCGCCCCGAACAGGCCACUGCGAAACGGCAACAGCGAUCGCAGGCAUUCACGUCGACUAUCGCGCAGUCGUCAUUCGAGAGGCAGCUCGCGACCGCGAAGGCAGCGAAGAUAGACUUGGAGAAGCGAUUGAGGGAGAAGGACGCCAUCAUUGAAGGGCUCGAACGUGACCGGCGAUGGCUUCACGAACGGGCAGAGGAGGAGAAGCAGGCCAAGGAGCAGGAAAUGGCGGAGCACGAGGAGGCAAAGACAAAGUACGACAAAGAACUACGUGCGUUGCGUGACUCGUACCGCGACCUGCAAGAAGAACACGUCGACCUGAAAGAGCAACACGAACAACUCUCGCGAAGCACCUCUAGCACGAUCGCCUCCCAGAAGACGCGCAUCUCAACCCUGGAAAGACAAGUCGAGACCCUGGAAUCCGAGUUGCAAGAGUUCAAGCGCCUCGCCGACGAGCGGAGCCGCGAGGUCCAAGAAGCGCAGGAGCGCAUGGAGGACCUGAGCAUUGCGAACGAAAGCUUCUCGCGCGAAAACCUGGAGGAGGAGAACUGGGCGGUCGUGCGCGAGGAACUCCACCGCCAGGCGAACUACAUGCGCACGCUCGAGGCGACGAACGCAAAGCUCAAUCAGGAAGUGCACGCACUCCGCGAACGCUAUACGAGCGUCGAGGUGCUGCGGGAGGAGAAGCGGGGGAUGGAAGCGAAGCUGCGCGCGCUGGAGCCGUUGCGCGAGAAGGUUGUGAGGCUCGAGGCGGAGGUGGAAGCGGCGCGUAAGGAGAGGGAGGAUUGGGCUACGAAGAAUGCGUCGAGCUCACCCUCGCAGACCCCUGUCUCAGUAACUCAGAGCCUUUCUGCGCUGCGCAUGGAGCAUGCUCGUCUGCUGGAAGAACAUGGGGCGACGGUGGCAUUACUUCACCAGCGCGAAAAGGAACUCGCCGAUUCCGAAAGCUCACGUAAAGACCAGCGGGAGACGAUCGACAAACUCCAAUCAGAAGUUCGGGUCCUGAAAGACAUUGUGAAUCGAAAGGAGCAGAAAGUCACGCUCGCAGAGCGCGAAGUCGGCUUCCUCCAAGCGCUCCUAGCCAGCUACACCGCAGAGGACGCCGCGCAAGAGGGCGCAAAGCCCGACGAAAUCCAGACGCAGCGAAUCCAGCACCUCGAAGCCCUCCUGGCCGACUACAAAUCCCGCAUCGCCGAGCUCGAGAAGGAAAUCACAGAGGGCGGGGGGAGGCUCCAGAACGGCCCGAGCCGGAAAGAGCUCGCAGACGCCCUGCGCGCCGUGCAAGAGGAGAAACUGCAAGCGCAAAAAGCGCUCGAGGAAGCGGAAUCCGCCAACGCGCAGCUCGAAGAGAAGCACGAGCACGUCGAGCAGGCGCUGUUCGAGCUGCGCGGCGAGGUCGGCGGCGGGCGGCACGUCCCGCCGGGCACGCGCGUGCUCGCGCUGCGCGACAACCCCGCGCAGCAGUGGGCGGACACGCGGCAGGCCGUGCUCGACCGGCUCAAAGCCGAGAACGAGGCGCUCCUCGCGCGGCUGAAGGAGCUCGAGGAGCGCGGGGUCGUUUCGGGCGGGGAGGGGGAGGAGAAGAGGGAGUCGUUCGUCCCGCGCGAGAGCUGGGAGGCGGUGAGUAGGGAGAAGGAGGAGCUGCUCGCGGAGGUGCGGAAGAAGGAGAAGUUGUACAUCCGGCUCAAGGAGGUCUACACGAAGAAAACGGCCGAGUUCCGCGAAGCCCUGUCCUCCAUCCUGGGGAUCAAGCUCGCGUUCUACCCGAACGGCUCCGUGCGCGUCACCUCGCAGUACGACCUCAACGCGUCCUUUGUGUUCCAGCCCACCUCGGCCGAGAACGGGCAGGCGACGAUGCAGCUCGUCGCGCAGGGCGCGGACGUGCCUGUCGAUAUUGAGGGGAUGCUCCAGUUCUGGGUGCUCGAGCGGAAUUGCAUACCGGGCUUUCUGGCGAGCGUGACGCUGGAGUGCUAUGACCGGUGGGAGCGGGGUGGGGGGAACGCCGCUGGGGCACAGUGAGGGAGAGG